CCUACUCUUCCAUUUCUUUCUUUUUCUCUCGUCAAUUCCGUGCUUCAAUUUCGCAAUUUAAGAAACCGAUCCCCGAUCUGAUCUCUCCCUCGGCGAUUUCUCUGAAAAUUUUCUCGGACUUUGGAUCAAUCCCGGGGUUGAUGAAUUUAGGGCAAAACGAAGCGAAAUCGCCAAUCCGUUGAGUGGUAAACAAAAUGGCUUGUAGAGGUUGCUUGGAGUGUUUGCUGAAGUUACUCAACUUCUUGCUGGCUCUUGUGGGGCUUGGCAUGGUCGGGUAUGGCAUCUACUUGUUCGUGGAGUACCAGAGAGCAACGGACAAUUCUCAUAUGGUGGCUCAGACUAGCGGUGAUGGUUAUAUCUCACUCGGUCGUCCCAUGCUCAUGGCUGUCUCUUUAUCAAAUGAUAUUUUCGACAAGCUGCCUAAACCUUGGUUCAUAUACUUGUUCAUUGGUAUUGGAGUGAUUCUGUUUGUUGUCUCGUGUUGUGGAUGUCUGGGGGUUUGCACAAGGAAUGUCUGCUGCUUGUCUUGCUAUUCUGCACUUGUGAUCCUGUUGGUCGUAGUGGAGCUUGGAUGCGCAGCAUUUAUAUUCUUUGACAAGAGCUGGAAAGAGGAAAUCCCAGCUGACAAAACUGGAAACUUCGACAUGAUCUAUAUGUUCCUGCAAGAUAACUGGAAGAUUGUCAAGUGGGUUGCUCUUGGAGCAGUUGUCUUGGAGGCUUUGCUGUUCUUGCUGGCCCUUAUGGUUAGAGCGGCUAAUGCACCACCAGACUAUGACAGCGAUGACGAUAUCAUUGUGCCAAGGCAACAGAUCAGGCAGCCAUUCCUCAACCGCCAACCCGUUACUGCAACUGGUGUCCCAGUUACUACUGCCAUUCCUCAACCGCCAAGCCGGGAUGAUGCUUGGAGUACACGCAUGAGGGAAAAGUAUGGUCUGGACACAUCAGAGUUCACAUACAACCCAUCAGAGGCUAAUAGGUUCCAGCAAAUGCCUUCCCAGCAAAACGAUGAACGGGGCAGCCGUUGUACCAUCAUGUGAUGUGAGUUUCAUCUUCAAACACUUCAGAUUUUGUAAUGUCGUCGAUGGGGUAAAGAAGUAACUUUCUGUGAGGGUUCUGUUUCAAAGGAUGGGUGAUGAAUCUCAAUCUCUCGUGUGACAAGUCAGUCUUGUAAGGAUUACUGGCAUGGAUAUUAUAUUACCAUGGUCAAUCUUUGGUUCUCAUUU